CCUCACCACCAUUGCUCCCUCGUCACACUUUCGGAUCAGUUGAGACAGACUACCUCUCGCACUAGCCAUGCCGCCAAAAUUCGAUCCGAGCGAGGUCAAGGUCAUCCACCUUCGCGCGACCGGUGGUGAAGUGGGUGCCUCCUCCGCCCUCGCCCCAAAGAUUGGCCCGCUGGGUCUGUCGCCGAAGAAGGUCGGUGAAGAUAUCGCCAAAGCCACGGGCGACUGGAAGGGCCUCCGCGUCACGGUUAAAUUGACCAUCCAAAACCGCCAAGCCGCAGUCUCCGUCGUCCCUUCCGCAUCGUCCCUCGUCAUCAAGGCCCUCAAGGAGCCGCCGCGCGACAGGAAGAAGGAGAAGAAUAUCAAGCACACCAAGAGCAUUCCUCUCGAUGAGAUCAUCAACAUUGCGCGCACUAUGCGCUUCAAGUCGAUGGCCAAGGAACUGAAGGGUACCGUCAAGGAGAUUCUCGGCACUGCCUACAGCACCGGCUGCCAGGUUGACGGACGGAGCCCCAAGGCAGUCUCGGACGACAUCGAAUCUGGCGAGAUUGAGAGUGCGUUCUGGCAAUUCUUGAAACAGCUUCAGGUGCUGACACUUCUCUAGUCCCCGAUGAGUAGAUCUAUGAACAACUGGAAGGCGUUGAUAGGACAACAUACCAGACAGAGAGUGCUACAUAUCCGAAAUGAGAUCUAGUCUCCAUCUGGGUUUCUUCGUCGCCGAGAGC